CGCCAUUUCGUCAUCCGGAAAUGUGUCUUUAACUUCCGAGCCGAUCAAUGAAUUCUAAAGAAGCGCCCUCGAGGCUCCUGCACUUCUUCCUUCACAACAGCCCGGGCAGCGCGAAGUCGCGCACCCCGUGCCAAAAUAUCUCGAUCCGGCUCAGCGGACUCGAGGACAGGACCCCAGGGAUGCCGGCCCGGCCGACAAUGACCGUCGACCGACCAUGAAUUCGUCACUGUCCCGCGCCGAGACUCUCGGUCUCGUGUCCCUCACGGCCGCCUGCGUCGCCAUCCUCGCCAACGCUUUCCAGGGCGAUGACAAGCCGCUCAUGGUGUCGCUGGCCCUGAGCGGGCUGGCCUUCAGCGCCACCUUUGCCCUGAUCCGCCGGCUCGGCCCGACCUUCAUCAAGGCCGGUUUCAAGGGCGUCGACAUGAGCAAGCACAACCGCAAGGAGCUGCCCGAGUGCAUGGGUGCCGUGUGCGCCGCCGUCUACCUCUUUGCCAUGAUUGUGUUUGUUCCCUUUGCCUUCUACAAGGACGUCGUCGCGGCUACGAGUGGAGGCGGCAAUCGGGACGUUGUGCUGCAGGUCGAACAUGUGCAGCAGGGCCGCUUCCUGCAUCGGUUCCCGCACAGCAAGCUCUCGUCCUACCUAUCAGCCAUCGUCUCGCUGCACACCAUCGCCUCCCUGGGGCUCGCCGACGACCUCUUCGACAUCCGCUGGCGGCACAAGUUCUUCAUCCCCGCCUUCGCCGCCAUCCCCCUCCUCGUGGUCUACCGGGUCGACUUUGGCGUGACCUCCAUCGUCGUCCCGAUCCAGCUGCAGCCCUACCUCGGCCAGCUCGUCGACCUGGGCGCGCUCUACUACGUCUACAUGGCCGCCGUGGCCAUCUUCAGCCCCAACAGCAUCAACAUCCUCGCCGGCAUCAACGGCAUCGAGGUGGCCCAGUCCGUCGUCAUCGGCGCCCUGAUCGCCCUCAACGACGCCCUCUACCUGCUCACCCCUUACCCGCACCCGGCCACCGACUCGCACCUCUUCUCGCUCUCCUUCCUCCUCCCCUUCCUCGCCGUCUCGCUGGCCCUGCUCUACCACAACUGGUACCCGGCCCGCGUCUUCGUCGGCGACACGUACUGCUACUUUGCCGGCAUGGUGUUCGUCGUCGUCAGCAUCCUGGGCCACUUCAGCAAGACGCUGGUGCUGCUGCUGCUCCCCCAGAUCUUCAACUUUGUCUACUCCACCCCGCAGCUCUUCGGCCUCGUCCCCUGCCCGCGCCACCGCCUGCCCCGCUUCAACGCCCGCACCGGCCUGCUCGAGCCGAGCGUCACGGCCUGGUCCGAGGCGCGCCAGCCGCGGUUCAAGCUUGUCGAUUGGGGGCUGAGGCUGCUGGGGCGGUUGGGCCUCUUGAAGGUGGUGGUGGAUGAGGAGGGAAGGCUGGUCGAGACGAGCAACUUCACCUUGUUGAACCUGUGGUUGGUGUGGAGGGGCCCGCUGCGGGAGGACCGGCUGGCGGCCGAGAUCACGGCGGCCCAGGCGGCGCUAGGCUUGUUUGGGUUGUUUGUGAGGCAUUCAUUGGCGAGGCUGGUAUUUAAAGAGGAUAACUGGAGCAUACACUAGCCGACAGGCACGCGAUAUAUCGAGUCUUUUUUUUCUUUUCUUUUUUUUGGAUCUGCGAGGGCUAUAGAAAGGCUUUAGACCAUAGUAGUAAAAAUUUU